UGGAACUAAGGAUACAGACAGAACAGAACAGGCCUCAACAAAGACAAAAACAGCAUUACAAUGGCCCAGACGCCCACCCUUUUCAAGCCCUCAAUCGCCAUCUCGCUAAUAAUUGCCUUCCUCAUCCAUGAUAUCCUCCUACCACAGCCACGCAGUUUGCACCAUCCGUGGAAGCGACAAACACCGACCAUACAUACAGCACCCAACACAGCAAGCAGAUGAUGACAGGCACCACCAUGGAAGCUCUCACCAGAGUACUAGCCCAAAGCCCAGAAUGGCCCACCCGCAGCAUUAUCGCCCUCCUCGUGACAGUCCUCGCGUACAUCAUCACCAUCGCGCAUCGACCACCGUCUCGCUCCCGCGACGACCGUAGUACCCCCAAACCACUCGCCUCAGGCUACUGUCCUUCCUUCCUCAGCACGUGGCGCUUCUUUAACAACCGCCACGGCUUCUACAACGAGGGCGUGGCGGCCUCGUCCACCGGCAACUUCAGCCUCGCUGUGGGGCCGCAUCACCUCGUCGGGCUGUCUAGAUCAGCAGGUCGAGAAGCGUUCUUUCACCGCAGAGAGAUGGAAAUGGUUGAGGGCUUCACCGUCUUCUUCCCCACAGUCGACCCCUCCCAGAUUGAGCCCUCCACCGGCUGGCAAGGAUACCAGAUUAACGCGCACAUCAUGCGAACUAUGCGCACUGAGAACAUUCGCCGGUGUCUAUCAUCUAUGCUAGCGUUCGCUGCCAACGCCGUAACCGCACAGUCAGGGACGAGUACCCUCGUUGAUCCAUUCGACGUCGCGGAUCGGCUGGUAUUUCAGUUUACGAUGAGCGCGGCGGGGUUUGAUGAUGUGCGUGCUAGUUCGCCGUCGCUGGCUGGUUUGGGCCCGGCUCUUCUGCGGAAAAUUGAGGGCUCGACGAGUGCUGGGAGGGUACUUGUGCCUUGGUUGCGGACGCCGGGGUAUCGGCGGCGGGUGGCUGCUAUUCGGGAACUGGCUGGGUAUUUGGGAGAUGCUGUGAGGGGGUCGGGGCGGAAGUACCUCAUGGCCACGCUGUUCGCCGCUCAAAUCAACACGCCCCUCAUGGCCGUCUGGCUUCUUGUCUAUCUCUCGGGCAACGCAAACUGGAUGGCGCAAGCGCGAGCGGAAAUCGACGCUGUACUCACUCGUUAUCGCUCAUCUCCACAGGAAACACCGGUUCACACCCUCCAGCGCACCCCCCUCGAAACGUGGGAGUCCGACUUCCCUGUGCUCGACCUAUGUCUGCGCGAGUGCAUCCGCAUGCACCUAACAGCUACCACGUACCGGCGGAACUGCAGUGACAGGGACAUUCCCAUCGGAGAGACAGGAGAGGUGAUCCCCGGUGGGUCCUACGCAUUUUAUAUUCUUGAAGAAGCCCACGCCAAUCCCGCGGUUUAUUCCGACCCUGGGACGUGGGAUCCGGCGCGGUUUUCACCGGGCCGGGCGGAGGAUAAAGGCACGCCGUUGGCGUAUUUGGGGUGGGGCGCGGGACGGCAUGCGUGCUUGGGAAUGAGGCUGGCUAAGCUUGAAGUGGCUGUCGUUGUUGCAUCCUUUGUGGCUGCCUUUGAUCUGACGUUGUGCGACCAAAUUGGUCGUCCGAUGGAUCGUGUCCCAAAGGCGAAUCGGUAUUCCAAAUCGGCGCAUCCGCCGGCGGAAGAGGUGCGGCUAAGGUGCUGUGCCCGGAGUUGAUCUGUCUCCGCGAUGGCUUGAGGCGCAUUGUGUGGAUGAUGUCUGGAGAGGCACGGAUCCCGCUGGGUUAUUGAAUCCAUGUUUCAAGAAGUGUGGCUG